CCCCUCCCUGCCCCCCCCUUCCCCCCCCUCAGUCUCUCGGGCGACUCACACAGCGAGACUAAAUGCCUGUGGCGCAGGCGUCUGGCUCGCAUCACCCGGCUCGGAGAGUCCAAGAACAUGGUUCUGAAUGGCAGGCGUCACAGCAGUCGCUUUUCCCAUGAUCCCCUGGGGCAGGCCCGCCCCCAGCCCUCUCCCCGCGCACACCUGCGCCCCCGAAAGAGCUCCCCCAGUGGCCGUCGAUGUAGCCGACGGUUCAGCACAGCUCCCCUGGAGGUGGAGCGCCGGUACGUUCCCUCGUCCGGCAUGACCGCCAAGGAGCUGUGCGAGAACGACGACCUGACGACCAGCCUGAUCCUCGACCCCUACCUGGGCUUCCAGACCCACAAGAUGAACACCAGGUUUCGGCCGAUCAAGGGGCGGCAGGAGGAGCUGAAGGAGGUGAUCGAGAGCUUCAAGAAGCACGAUGACCUGGAGAGGGCCUUCGAGGCCCUGACCUCGGGGGACUGGGCCCGGCAUCACUUCCUCCACAAGACCAAGGCCCAGGAGAAGCUCUUCAAAGAGCACGUGUUUGUUUACCUGCGGAUGUUCGCCACGGACAGCGGGUUCGAGAUCCUGCCCUGCAACCGCUACUCCUCGGAGCAGAACGGAGCCAAGAUCGUGGCGACGAAGGAGUGGAAGCGGAACGAUAAGAUCGAGUACUUGGUGGGCUGCAUUGCUGAGCUGUCGGAGCACGAGGAGAACCUGCUUCUGCGACACGGAGAGAACGACUUCAGCGUGAUGUACUCCACCCGCAAGAACUGCGCCCAGCUGUGGCUGGGCCCCGCUGCCUUCAUCAACCACGAUUGUCGGCCCAAUUGCAAGUUCGUCUCCACGGGCCGGGACACCGCCUGCGUCAAGGUUCUGCGGGACAUCGAGCCGGGGGAGGAGAUCUCCUGUUACUACGGCGACGGCUUCUUCGGAGAAAACAACGAAUUCUGUGAAUGCUACACUUGUGAACGGCGAGGCACUGGUGCUUUCAAAUCCAAAGCGGGACUUCCUGUAGCAGCGCCCGUGAUCAACAGUAAAUACGGCCUCCGGGAGACGGACAAGCGGCUGAACCGCCUGAAGAAGCUGGGCGAGGGCAGCAAGAACUCGGACAGCCAAUCCGUGGGCUCGUACACGGACGCCGACACUCAGGACACGCCCCCUGCACAUUCGUCUGUAAAGAGAAGGACGUCCAGUGGCCGCAGCCGGACUCUGCCCAGACAGUCUCUGUCCAGAACUCCUACUACCUCUACCUCACAUUCUAAAGCGAGUCACAGCAGUAACUCCAGGGUACCAAAGAGGGGCAAACCCAAACUGAGCCGGCCCCCGGCCCAAACGCAGGCCCGACUGAGGAGCCGCUCCCGGGGCCCCGAGCCCAAGGGCCCCGGCCGAGCGGCCGUGGCCGACCUGGGCCUGCGGGAGCCCAAGGUGGUGCUGAGCAAAAACGUGUGGGUGAAGAAGGAGGACGGGGCGGGGUUGGGGUCGGGGGUGGGGUCAGGGGUGGGGGCGGGGACUAGGGGCUGCCUGACGCGGCACGCGGCGAAGGAGAACGGGCGGGCCUCUCCGAAACGAGGAGAGGAGAGCCCGUCCUGCACUUACAGAACUCGCCGGUCCACCCGGACGCUCCCGAGCGCCCGGGACGCCGCCGCUGCCGCCGUCGCCGCCGGCGACAAACCGGAGGCGGGGCCGCUGGGGCUGCCGGUGGGCGUGGUCAUCAAGACUGAGCCGGCGGACUACGAGGAGUACCCCGUGGGCCGGGAGCUCCGCCCGAAAGAGCCCUGCCCCAGGAAGGGGGCGUGUCCGCGGCGCAGGCGGGCGGUGAAGCUGGAGGAGAGGGGCGCGUACGGGGAGCCCUUCCUCCAGCAGGGGGUGCCGGACCUGCGGGACGCCGCCCGCGCCGCCGACGUGGCCGACUGCGGCGCCGUCCCGCUGGGGCUGCCCGACAAGCACCGCGAGUACAACGGCCGGGCCAACGGCGGCAAGCCGGCGGGCCGGCAGCGGCGGCGGCGGCGGCGGCGGGCCAAGGGCAGCGGCUGCCGGGCGGCGGGGAAGGGCAAGAAGAAGCGGCGGAUCACCCGCUACGACGCGCAGCUCAUCCUGGAGAACACCUCGGGCAUCCCCAAACUCACGCUGCGCCGCAGGCGGGACAGCUGCAGCAGCAAGACCAACGAGCCGGGCGAGGCCGAGGGGGCGGGGCCGGGCGCCGCGGCGACCGCCCUCAACUCCUCCACCUGCUCCUCCUCCUCCUCCUCCUCAUCCUCCUCCUCAUCCUCCUCCUCGUCCUCAUCCUCCUCCUCCUGUUCCUCCACCUCUUCCAAGAUCAGCAUCAAGUUCAGCAAGGAGCGGCGGCGGCGGCGGCGGCGGCGGCGGAGGCACAGCGGCGGCAAGGGCGGCGCGUACGUGGCCAAGCUGAACAACGGCUUCGGCCCCGGGGCCCACAGCAGCGCCACCCGCCUCAAGAUCCAGCUGAAGCGGGAGGAGGAGGGGCGGCCCGUCACCCACACCCUCCCCGGCGAGGUCACGUCCAACGGCGUCCUGGCGGACGUGGCCGGGGAGGGGGCGGGGCUUAGAGGAAGGGGCGGUGGGGCCCGAAACGCAGAAGCGGACUCGUCGUCAGAGGAAGAGGAGGAGGAGGAUGAUGAGGAGGAGGAAGAGGAGGAGGAGGAGGAAGAGGAAGAGGACGAAGGAGAGGACUACUCCGACGACGAGUUUGAGGAUGACUUCAUUCCACUCCCGCCGGCCAAACGGUUGCGGCUCAUCGUAGGGAAAGACUCGAUAGACAUCGACAUCUCCUCACGGAGGCGGGACGACCAGUCGCUGCGGCUCAACGCAUAAGCUCCCGGGGGCCUUUGGGCUCCUCACCUUAAUGUACAUAAAGCUAUCUUUCCAAUCAGCCCUGUGUUGAUUUAAAAAAACAAACAAACAAACAGACAAACAAACAAAAAAACUAAAACGGAAAAAAGGUUAAUUGAGAAACGAACGAAACAAAAAAAAAAAACGCUGAACGUGAAGAGAUGAAAGGGUUAAAAAGAUAAAUGAAAGGGUUAGUUAUACAAAAUGAAAUCCACUCUAAAGAACUUUUCUUGUAAGGUUUAGUGGCAGCACUUCUGUUUCUCCAGUAUGGACAUGGAUAUUGUAGAAAGUGUACAGCGUAUGCACUCAUCCCAAGCCUGGUAUGGGCAGAUUUUUAUUAGCCUCACAAAUGUGCAAUUCUGAAUUCUGUUGACAGCCUAGACUUGUUUUUUUUAGAAAACAAAACAAAACAAAAAAAAUUCACCCAGCAAUACCUGCUGGAGAAUUCAAUCAUGUUUUCGGAAAUGUGGCAGCAAUGCUAUCUCUGUCCUUUCUAACUCUUGAGACCAGACAGUUCAUUUUAAGGGUUCAUGAUAUCAGCGUAUGCGUGUUUGUAUGUAUGUAAGUAUGUAUGUGUGUAUGUGUGGUAUGUUCGUAUACAUAUAUCAUCUUUGCUCAUGGAAUAUAUAGGGAAAAAAUGCAAAAAAUUAUGUACAGAUUAACUGGGGGGGGAAAGAUCUUCUUUUUUUUUGAAUCGUCUUUUUUUCCCCCCCUUCUUCUUGCUCUUAAGUAUGAACAUUAUUUCUGAGUCAGAGCUGUUGAAAAUCACGUGUAGAUGUAGAUAUCGGGGUUCGUGGUGCUUUCGUGUGGCUGCUGUCCCCCGUCUAACUCCGGAAAUAAGAAGCAGACUACCGGGGUACCGCAGUCAUGCGCUAACGUAGUACCCCCAAAGUUUCAACGCUAUAUUUUUGUCCCAAUCGACCUUUGACCCCUGAAGUCUAAGUUGGGUUUUUUUUUUUUUUUUUUUUGCGCCUGCUGUUAUGGAGUAAUUGUUCAGACACUUUUAAAGUAAAAGUUAAAAUGUUGAGCAGACAACAUGGAGACUCACUAUUCAGUGCCCGUUACUUCGUAAAAGGGCUGAUGGUGGGGCUCCUGUAUAUUCUUUCUGAAACGGCUUAGAACGUGAUUGGCCUUUCAAACAGGUCUUUCACAUUGCCCAAUCCCACAAAAAUAGGCAGUUUGAGUUUCCCAACCUCAAACAUGUGCUGCUGAAUCGCUUUAGAAACUGGCUGGAAAGGUGGGUAAUCCCAGUCAACUUGACGGUGUGGCCCUUAGCAGGAUCCACCUACUCCCUAGAUUUUAUGUAAAAAUUUGGGGUUCUGAGCGCCCUCCCCCGCCCCCGGACAGAAACGCGUUAAUACCUAAAGUCGGAAGGGCGUCAGCUUUGUCGCGAGCCAAAAAAUUCCAAUCCCCCCAGUCAUUCUGUAUAUUGUUCUGCUGUCGAAUGCUGAAAAGAUCAAGGGAUUGUUGUGGAAGAAUAUUAUUAACCCUUAUUUUUUUUUUUUCUUAUGUACUGUUCAUAUCACCAGCAGCCUACUGCAGCUUUUUCAACUUGCCUAAGUGUAUCCCCCCGACCCCCGGACGUGUCCAUGUGCACUGUAUGCAGUCUCAAGCGUACUGUCUGAUCUUUGUUACGUAGCCAGCUAUUGGUUGAAAUCCCGGUGGAUUCAUUGAGGUAAAAAAAAAAAAAAAAAGACUUGUGAAUAGUUUGCUGACAAUUUAGAGCAUUAUGUGUACAAGGAUAGCGGGAUGCAGUAUACAGAAUUUAAAAGAAGAAAAGCAGCAGUGAUAAUAUUGCUCUGUAAAUCAUGAAAAAUACCUUGUACUUAUUUAACAGUUUUUGAAUACUUGAAAACGAGAUAAAAGUUUCUUUGCAAGAAUGA